UGAGUCUAUUCAAAUAUGUCUGCAGAAGCGUUGAGGUGAGAGUGAGACAAUGGCCAUAAUCCUCUUAGCUCACCUGAGGUAUUAGGUAUUAUGCUGAUCCAUUGUGAAGAUGCUGCGUCCGACUAAACCCACUCAACAUUGCAAACACUUUUGGGCUUUUGUUUCUGCCAGGAAUCUGCUUUCUGCGCUCUGUGGUGGAAAAACCAGGAUGUGAGAUGCGUCGCCAACUCCUGGUGUUAGACUCAGUCGCCCCGUGGUCUGUUCGGGGGAAGCGCUGGACCGUGUUCUCACCAUAAUCAACUUUGAAGAUGUAUUGUGCCAGACGAAAGCGACUGCAGCUGAGCAGGGUUCUGUUCCUCCUCUCCGGAGUCUUCCUCUGCACCCUCUAUCAGCUGACGAUCAGCGCCAGGCUCUACUCUGUUCCACGGAUCGUAGACGACUUUGGAGAUGGUUCUGCUGGAGGACUACUGGAGGAUGAAACGGUGGAGACUCAUGGGUUUGAGGAACUUGGAAAACAAGAUCUGGAGCCUUCAUAUGAGAGCACACCUGAAAGUGCUGUUGUCCUCGUGCCAGAGAGAACCACUGCAGCUCCCGAGUCCACCACCACCACCAACAGGACUACUGUGCGGUGCAUCUUCGUGGCCCCCCAGCCUCCACAGGUGACCCCCUCUCCAGCCCCUGCGCCCCCACACACAAGCCCCACGCCAGCGACUCCUCCAGAAGCUCCUCAUGUUAAAGGAGAGUACCCUGAAGAUAUCUUCUCCAUCGAUGACCGCCGUCGAGGCUGGGUGGUCCUUCACAUCGUGGGGAUGGUCUACAUGUUUGUGUCUUUGGCAAUAGUCUGUGAUGAGUUCUUUGUACCUGCGUUGGGUGUCAUCACACGCAAGCUGGCCAUCUCAGAUGAUGUUGCAGGAGCCACAUUCAUGGCAGCAGGAGGUUCUGCUCCAGAGCUUUUCACCUCCUUGAUCGGGGUGUUCAUCGCCCACAGCAACGUGGGCAUCGGCACAAUCGUCGGCUCUGCCGUCUUCAACAUUUUGUUCGUGAUCGGCAUGUGCGCUUUGUUUUCCCGAGAGGUGCUACAACUCACCUGGUGGCCUUUGUUCCGGGACGUGUCCUUCUACAUCCUGGACCUGAUUCUGCUCAUCAUCUUCUUCCUGGAUAACGUUAUAAUGUGGUGGGAGAGCGUGGUCCUGGUGGCCAGCUACAGCAUGUACGUGGUGUUCAUGAAGUUCAACGUGCAAAUAGAGCACAUCUUCAAAGCUCAGCUACAUAAGCACAAGAACAUCGUCAGGAUCGUCGCCGUGGAUGAACCGGAACACACAGAGGAGGGAGAUGAAGUGGACCAUCCGGCUCCAGAGGACAAGAACCGACUGAAGCUGAAGCCGUCUCUUCAGAGAGGAGGAAGCUCCGCCUCCUUACACAACAGUACGAUGAGAAACACCAUCUUCCAACUGAUGAUCCACACUUUGGAUCCACUGGGGGAGGGUAAAUUCAAGGACAAAGCUCAGACGCUGAACAAUGUGGCUCGACGGGCGACUGAGAGCAAAGACAGUGGGAAGAGUGAUGAACCAGCGAAAGAGCGGGAUGGAGAAGAAACCUCAGAGCAGCAGGAUCAGUCGGAGGACAAGAAGGUACUCCCCAAAAAGCCCAGAAGUCAGUCUUUGAUACCUGUCUAUGAGGACGAACCUGCCGAAGAGGACGAGUCGGAUGACAGCGAUGAAGACAUCAGCGAGGAGUCGAGUGAUGAAUCCACUGAUGAAGAAGAGGAUGAGAAUGAAGAAGAACCCCUCUCUCUGGAAUGGCCCGACUCUCCGCGCAAACAAGUCACCUACCUCUUCCUGCUUCCCAUUGUCUUCCCUCUCUGGCUCACCAUUCCAGAUGUUCGCAAAAAGAAAUCCAGAAAAUUCUUUGUGUUGACUUUCCUGGGCUCCAUCAUUUGGAUCGCAGUCUUCUCCUACCUCAUGGUCUGGUGGGCUCACCAGGUGGGUGAGACGAUUGGAAUCUCCGAGGAGAUCAUGGGGUUGACCAUUCUGGCUGCGGGUACUUCCAUCCCAGAUCUCAUCACCAGUGUGAUUGUGGCACGCAAAGGUCUGGGUGACAUGGCUGUUUCCAGCUCAGUGGGCAGCAACAUCUUCGACAUCACAGUGGGGCUUCCUGUUCCCUGGCUCAUGUUCUCGGGCGUCCACGGUCUGGUUCCCAUCGCAGUCAGCAGCAACGGCCUCUUCUGUGCCAUUGUGCUCCUCUUCCUGAUGCUGCUCUUCGUCAUCAUCUCCAUCGCUUCUUGCAAGUGGAAGAUGAACAAGGUCCUGGGCUUCACCAUGUUCCUGCUCUACUUUAUCUUCCUGGUGCUCAGCGUGAUGCUGGAGGACCGCAUCAUUGUCUGUCCAGUCUCCAUCUGAGCCUGGCGCGAGUGUCUGGACUGCUAGUUGCUGCUAGUUAUAGUGUCACUGACUGUGACCCUCCGUUUCUGGAAAGUUGUGGGACAAUGGAGUUUAGGAACCAGAAGGACAUUUGUUACACAAACAGCAAUACUGGUCAAGUUGGCUGCAGGAUACUACCAACAUAGUUGUUCUUCCUGUAGAGUCCCAGAAGUGUCAGUUUGAAAUGUAAGAAUUAUUGCUGAAAUUGUAAAUGAAAAGAAUGCAGAAAUAUUGAAGGAAAUACAGUUCAAAUGAAACCAGGAAAUGUAUAUUUAAUUAUUAAUAUAUAUAUAUAUAUAUA